CCGGGCGAUAAGGGAGUGGCCAUUGUUGGAGCCCGGGCGAGGCCUCGACGGGCAGUCACCAAGCAGCGCGCGGUCCAUCUCUCGUCUCCUCGCGGCCACACCAUGACGGACGACACCGCGCCUGUGUACUCGGCCUUCUUCGGCGUCAUGGGCGCCGCGUCGGCCAUCGUCUUCAGCUCGCUGGGGGCGGCCUACGGCACGGCCAAGUCCGGCGUGGGCAUCUCGGCCAUGGCUGUCAUGAGGCCGGAGCUCAUCAUGAAGUCCAUCAUCCCCGUGGUGAUGGCGGGCAUCAUCGCCAUCUACGGCCUGGUGGUGGCCGUGCUGAUCGCCAGCGGCAUCAACCCGCCGCCCGACUACAAGCUCUACAAGGGCUUCCUGCACCUGGGCUCCGGGCUGUCCGUCGGCUUCAGCGGCCUGGCGGCGGGCUUCGCCAUCGGCAUCGUGGGCGACGCCGGGGUACGCGGCACCGCCCAGCAGCCCCGCCUCUUCGUCGGCAUGAUCCUCAUCCUCAUCUUCGCUGAGGUGCUGGGGCUGUACGGCCUCAUCGUCGCCAUCUACCUCUACACCAAGUAGAUUCUCGCCCGGAGGCCGCUGGGUCGGGAGAGGCAACAGCUCCUCACCACGACGUCUCUACGUGGGCGUGCCUGACCAUCUGACUCCUUACCUCCCAGAUCCUACAUUUUUCACCAAUUCUCUUUAUUGCAGCAAUGUCUUAAAAAAAAUAAUACUUUACGAAUAACCCAGCAAUGUUGUGAAAAUGUCUCUAUAAUGUUGCUCUAUAAUUUAACGACUAUAGGUGGUAUGUUCGUUUCUCAUCUUAUUUUACAACAUUUCUGCAAUGUCGUAGAAACGUUUCCAAACAAAUUAAAGUAUAAUUAUCCUACAUUAACAUCACAGGAAUCCUACCGUUGUUGUAAAUUUAAUGUAACAUAAAUGUAUCAUUGUAUUGUUGCUGUGAUGUUUUAUGUAAUAGUGUGCAUUGUAUGGGCAGUGGCAUGGUUAGGCAAAUUUUGCCCACAAGAAAUUGUCAUCUUGAAGAAUUGUUUUUCCGAAUGGAGCGUUAGUAAUAAGUGCUUUAUUGUUGAACAUUCUCUAAGCCCCUACCUAGAAAUUAAAUCUGUUGCCACUCCACGUAAACUAAAUGUUCCAUGGCCUCCUUCGUCUACUGACUAAUGCCCUCUGCUGGGCGGUUGAAGGAGUUUGCAGCUCCUUGAAGCUGUUUGUGUAGAGAUUAAGUUUUCAAGAGACGUUAGUUAAGCCAGAUUGGCACUAUGAGUGUGAACGAUGUGCUGAUGUGUGCGUUUUACAUAAGGUGAUUUUUUUUUCUAUGUUUCCAAAGUACUAUUCCAUUUGCCGUUCGUAAAGGAUGAAGAUAUUAAUAGCUUAGUCUAUUUUAAGCUCAUCCAUACUGUUUUUUUUGGGCUGAUAUGGUAAAUGUCUUACAUCACUUAAAAAAACAAAAUUCAGUCCACAUACCCCCCUCAGUAUUUCUUUAUUCUAGUAAGAGCACAGAAAUGGUUUUCCUUAUCGUAUUUCUGUUUCGCGAUUAAUCUUUGCGACAAUCGUGAACAUCCUUAAACAAUUAUCAUAUGAGUUACCAUUUAUAUCGUAUCAUCAUCAGGUACCUACUAAUAAUUUGUCUCGUGCAAAUUGUUUGAACCAUACGAUACUCAACAUGCUGAUGUUACACUUCUUUUUUUACCUGUAUAUAUUUCAACACAAACUGCUGUACAAAGGCCAUUGGUCAUUUAAAUUGUUGUACAUAAAUAACACUUUCUGUAGAGGAAACCAUGUAGGUAGUUAUUUAUUAGAGAUCAUGUUAUGUUCUUAAAUGAAAUGUAUUGCUUUAGUAAAUUGAUUGAAUAUUUUUCAAA